AUGACUGAAAGAUGUCAAAUAAAGUUUACGGAAAAAAUUGAUAAACCGAAUUAUUUUAUAUGUAUUGGUAUUUGUGGUGUUCUUCUGGGUGUGCUAUAUUUCUACAGAUUUCACUUGAUCACUAUUUUAGUCAGUUAUGGAUUGGGAUGUUUGGCUUGUUAUUACGCGUUAAGUUCGAAUAUUCUUUACAAAUAUGUAAAGUAUUUAACGUGCCAAUUUGUCAGAAAUCCGCUACCGAAAGAAAACGAAUUUCCUCCUGACAAAGGUUGUGUAACAUGUGGACACAAGGAUUGUAUGCGUCAUAAUCCUGCAAUAGCUCCAGAACCAUGGAGCGGACUACAAAUACAUAAACAAUUGGAUCAAGCCAUAGAAGAUUUUUACAAUACAAUAUUAGACCAAUUCAUCAAUUCAUGGUAUAGCAAAAUUUCACUGCAACCAUUUUUUGUCGAUGAGAUAAGGCAUCAACUUAGAUAUUCAUCAGCUAAUUUAUUGCGACGAGCUCUGAAAAUAGACUACGCUCGUUUAAUCAGUGAGCGUUUAGUGCCGUGCGCGUUACAAUAUUAUGCUGUUGUGUCAACCGGUACCAGACCGGCCUUGCACGUGGCCGCGUGCAACCGGGCGGCCGAAAUGAAGUACUUGAGGUGUUUAACGGAUGUCCUCCUGCCGUUGCUACUACAACCUAAUGAGACAAACAACUCGGUAUUCCGUGUGCUCGUAAGGGAGGUGUUUGCAGGCUGGGUGCUUCUGUCUCUUACCGACGUAUUGGCUGACCCUUACAUAUUGAACGCCCUUAUUAUACUCGCCACCAGCAAUGAGAAGAUGGCCCAACUGCCUGUCACACCCAACUAUAAGGUGGAAUUCUUGGAGACGUUCGCGCGUCAAUCGGAGAGUGUAUACACGCAACGCAGCCGGCUGCUACGUGUGGAACUGGAGCUGGUCAUGAGCCAGCAAGAGCACUUCUACGCCUUCAUGCAGUACAUCAAGACCACCUGCCAUCUGCCUCUGCUACAAUUCUACAAGGACAUCAAGUCGUUUCAAACUACCCUCCUGAACCCGGAACUGAGUGAAGUGGAACGCGAGCAAGUGCGACGAGCAGCUCGGGAAUUAAGUUCGCAGUGCGGAGACUCAUUGCGCCAGCUUCCACCCGAGCUGCUCGACGAACUGCUCGCCGAGCUGGACACCGCCGAUGUGCACAGGUUACAGACCAGUCGAGCGCUUUAUCAAGCAGCGAGACAGUCCCAUGCCGCUUUAGAGAAGAUCAUAUUACCAAGGUUCCUACACAGUGAAGAGUUUUACAAGCUGAUGAUUGGUUCCCGAGUUCCUACAGGCUAUCAGAAACAAAUGACCAAAAGACCACAAGAUAAAUUACUUAAUGCAGCUAUGAAAAUAGGCAGUCGUUUAAAAGGUGCCCUGAAAUCUCAGACCGUAGAUGGACAAGUCCUCGACAGCUCCACAAACUCGGAACUUCAAGACGAGGAGGGAAUUGAAAAUGUUGAUAUUUUAAAAUAUCUGGACUCCAUCGCGGCUGAGGACAGCAUGGGGGAGCACGAUCUCAGCAACUAUAAGGUUGUGUUGACCAAUGUGGAGACGCGACUUCAAGCGCCACCCCGGCGGGGCACUGUACGUGUGUUCUCGCUGGCGGUGCACCGCGCGUGCCCCGCCGCCGCGCUGUGGGCGGUGGAGCGCAGCGAGCACGACUUCCACCUGCUGCGCGCCAAGCUGCACGAGUUCCACGGCGCCGCACUGCCCGACCUCGCGCUGCCCUCUCGCAGAGACAACAGUCCCUUAGAAACUCUUCGAUAUAAAUACGAGGAUUUCCUACAAAGACUUUUACAAAUGCCCCUUCUUCAGACGAGUGAACUUCUUUAUUUAUUCCUGACAGUGGAUAGUGACUUCUCUAUGGUGGUUCAAGCAUCGACCCUUAAUGCAAACAGCACUGACUUGGGAAAUAUUUAUCAUUCGGUAGCAUAUAAGCUGAGGAAAGAAAAGGGUCAGCAUCUGGAGAGCUUCCUGAGGAACUUCCUGGUAUCGACGGACAAGGAACGAUAUCAAGCCCUCAAACAUGGGGUCCGCGAUGUGGAGGAGGCGCUUGAGGCUGACGAAGCUAGGGCGGUCCAGUCCGCGGAUGAGGGGGAGGUGCGGGGCGCGGGUGGCGCGGGGGGCGUGCGGGGCGUGCGGGAGGUGCGCGGGGAGCAGUUCGGAGACAACUUCGGCGAGCCCGCGAGUGCGGCCGCCCGCCCGCCGCGCGCCGCGCGACACCAGACCGCCGUCGCCGGGUUCUCGCAGUGUCUCAUGUAUCUGCUGAUGAAGGUUAUAAAAGCGCCCGGUUUCGUCUGCGGUAUUGUUGGUAGCAUCCUAGCGAUGUCACGGACGUUUCUAGAUGAUGCAUUCAAUACCUACUUAAACACAAAAUUGUCCAACCUGCUCUCCGAAAGGAGACUUGCGCAUCUUAUUCGAUUAGGACAUGAUCUGCUAUUCGGUAAAAAUACAUUACCGACACGGAUGGAGCCGAUGGCUCAGCGGGAAGCUGCCCGGGAUGGACUGCUGCGUCGUGUUCCAAGCCGCUUGCACUCCGCUGUGUUCGCCGCCUUCGAUAUCAUGCAGAGUCCCCAGCUAAAUAAACAGUUAGUGUACAGCCUAUUGGACAUUUGUGUCUUGGAACUGUUCCCCGAGCUGAAAGACCAAGAGCCGACGGAAGCAAAGAGUUGA